AUGGUCGCUAUCAAGCAGCUUUCCGCCAUUCCAAUCGUUCUGGCUCUGUCUAGUGCCGUUGUUGCUUCUGAUGUUUCGGGCGACAUUGUGGCCCGCGACGAAAACGUCGACCUCGGGGUCCGCGUUAACAAUGGAGGCGACAUCGCCCCUGAUCUGGAAGCUCGAGGUGCCGGCAUGAGCAAGCCCAAGACCGAAAAGCCAAAGCCUAAGAUCUCCAACCCCAAGCUCAUUGGCGGUACCAACCCUAUUGCCAUGAACGGAAAUGCCUUGAAGCCAGCCAACCACCGGUCUUCAACGGUCAGCACAACCUCGAGCAACGGCGACCCUUUUUACCUCGAGAAGUACGUCAAGAAGGGUAAGAGGGACGAGGAGAUCUACGAGCGUGACGAGGACGAUCUCUUUGAACGCGACGAGGACGAGGAGCUGUUCGAGCGUGAUUUCGAAGAUGACCUCUAUGAGCGUGAUUUCAUGGAUGAGCUUUACGAACGCUAUUUCGAGGAUGACCUCUAUGAGCGCGACUUCGACGACGAGCUAUUCGAGCGUGAGUUCGAGGACGAGCUCUACGCUCGCGGCGCUGGCAUGAGCAAGCCAAAGACUGAGAAGCCCAAGCCCAAGAUUUCAAAACCAACCCUCAUCGGAGGCACUCAUCCCAUCGCCAUGUCUGGCGGUGGUAAGAGCAGCGGAAACCGCGCUUCCAAGGCCAGUUCCACUUCCAGCCACGGAGACCCCUUUUACCUUGAGAAGUAUGUCAAGAAGGGCAAGAGAGGUCUAGGAGCUCGCGGUGCCGGCAUGAGCAAGCCCAAGACCGAGAAGCCCAAGCCUAAGAUCUCCAACCCCAAGCUCAUUGGAGGUACACAUCCCGUUACUAUGUCUGGCGGUGGUAAGAGUAGCGGGAACCGUGCCUCCAAGGCCAGUUCCACUUCCAGCCACGGAGACCCCUUCUAUCUCGAGAAAUAUGUCAAGAAGGGCAAGAGAGGUCUAGGAGCUCGCGGUGCCGGUAUGAGCAAGCCCAAGACCGAGAAGCCCAAGCCUAAGAUCUCCAACCCCAAGCUCAUUGGAGGUACACAUCCCAUUACUAUGUCUGGCGGUGGUAAGAGCAGUGGGAACCGUGCUUCCAAGGCUAGUUCAACCUCCAGCCACGGAGACCCAUUCUAUCUCGAGAAGUAUGUCAAGAAGGGCAAGAGAUUUUACUAG